UCUACCUGAGUACUACCUCUACUACUAAUAAUACUAUAUAAUAUACUGUAAUAAUACUAUAUAUGUUGUUACUAGGUCAGUUUAGUUCAGCGGUGACUCUGCUAGAGUACUACUGCUAUAAGAACAGCUGGGCUCUACCUGAGUACUACCUCUACUACUAAUAAUACUAUAUAAUAUACUGUAAUAAUACUAUAUAUGUUGUUACUAGGUCAGUUUAGUUCAGCGGUGACUCUGCUAGAGUACUACUGCUAUAAGAACAGCUGGGCUCUACCUGAGUACUACCUCUACUCUACGCCGGGACAAGAUGGGAAGCUAAUGCUCAUAUACAAGGUCGUGAUCUCGUCGACGAGGAGUAGCUUCAUGCCAGACAAGGUGUGUACGGUGUUGGAGGACGCUAAGGAGCUGGCAGCCCAGAAUGCACUCUGGAACCUGGACUGUUCCUUCCUCAACGGUAGUUCCCCGGGUUCGCUCUCUCCUCCUCUUCCUCCCGUCUCCUACGGUUCUCUCUCUCCUCCUCCUGUCUCCAACAGCCCCGGUCUCCUCUCAUACGGCUGUACCAGAGCCUUCCCCUACCCUCUCUCUCCCACCACCCCACAGAGACUCUAUAUCCCCCCUAAUCAGAACCCUGCCUUCUUCUGAUCAUCCCUCCAUCAUCACUCGCUGUGUGAGAAGAGGGAACACAGGGAUGGAGGAGGGAGGUGGAGGUGAACAACAUCUAGUUUGUUACUGAGCCAUUUUACUUUUGUGUUGGAUGUUUGGUUGGUUUAGUUUUUCGGGUCGUUUGGUUUUCAAAAGACGGCCAUUCUGUAAUUCAUAUGUUAAGUUGACUCAGGAAGGGCUGCAUUCAUUCUGCUCACAGUGUUACUCUAUGCGGCAAAGGUACAUGCUAAGCGGGAUCCUCCGGACGUCUAACUCCGACGUCACCCCGUUUGAAGUUGACAUUUAAAAUUGUUACGGUAAGGGUUAAGUUUAGGGUUAAGGUAAGGGUAGGGUUUAAGGUACGGGUAGGGUUUUAGGGUAGGGUUGUCCCAAGGCUCCCACAUAGCAUCUACCCAAACCCCAUAUAGUUAAGGUAAACAAGGGAAUUAUAGAUCAAACUGAAGAAAACCUCAUUUACUUUAGCGCUUAUUUUAUAUCUUGGCAAUAAUGAUACUUGAAUAGUAUUGACUUUUGACCAUAUGUAUUUAUAAAACAUGAUUUAAAUAUUUUAGUGACUUUUUUUUAUUUAAAUGUACUGUAUUUUAUUUUUAUGUCAUCAUCCACCUAUAUUAUCUUUUACGGCAGUAUAUUUAGGUCCUAUUGUAUCGUAUAAUAUUCAAAAAAUCAAACAAUGUCAAAAUUCUGUACUGAAAAAAAAAAAUAUCUACUUCUAAUUUGUUAUUCAAUUCAUGAUUUAUUUAUUAGCAGCUGGUGAUUUUGAACAACAAAGGGAAAUCAAGUGAGCAGAUCUAAAUGGAAAAGCCGAUGUGUAAAAGACAAUCCAAAAUGGUUCCGUCACAUAAUAUAUUUAUUGAGAUUUAAAUAUUGAAUAUUAUUAUUAUUAUUAACAUUAUAAAGACAUAGCGAUCAUCAACAAGACAGCGUUGCCUCUCCUCCAAAAAUAUUCACUUUUCAUUUUGUUGUCUUUUUUUAUUUUAAAUGUCAUUUACAGUUUUUGUCAAAAAAAAAGUGAUUUAAAGGGAUACUGUGGGUUUUAAAGGGAUACUGUGGAAUUUAAAGGGAUACUGUGGGAUUUAAAGGGAUACUGUGGGAUUUAAAGGGAUAAUGUGGGAUUUAAAGGGAUACUGUGGGAUUUAAAGGGAUACUGUGGGAUUCGUUAGAGGGAUACUGUGGGAUUCGUUAAAGGGAUGCUGUGGGAUUUUUGCAUUGAGGCCCUUUAUCUACUUCCCCACAGUCAGAUGAACCAUUUUUACGUCUCUGCGUCUAGUAUGAAGGACGCCUAGAGGUAGUUUCACGAGCCAAUGCUAACUAGCGUGCUAGCAUAUACCCAUAGACUUCCAGUCGUUGCGCUAGCGCUAGUUAGCAACUUUCUUCAAACUGCAUGGCAGACACGUACAAAAUGGUAUCUACUGAGUUCAUCUGACUGAGGAAGUAGAUUAAAAAAAAGAAAUCCAGAAGUAUCCUUUUAAAUGAACAAAACUGAUGUACUGUACCGGUGAUACCGGUCCAUAUUGUCUCUCCAGUUGGUUCAGUUGACCGUCGGGAACACACACACACACACACACCGGUACAGAUACACACACACACACACACACACACCGGUACAGAUACACACACACACACACACACACACCGGUACAGAUACACACACCGGUAAAUAAAUUCUAAAAGUUCUGUAAUUUUUCUCCAGCAGUUGUUUUGUUUACAUCUAUGUUGUUUACACUUCGUUGUUAUGGUUUCCUCCCAUGUUGUUCUCAUGGGGUGCUCAGUUCUAUUCCCUAUAUAGUACACUACUUUAGACCAGAGCCCUAUUCCCUAUAUAGUGCACUACUUUAGACCAGAGCCCUAUUCCCUAUAUAGUGCACUACUUUAGACCAGAGCCCUAUU